AUGGUAAAAGAAUGUAAAACAGAUCAGAAUAAAUUAAAAUGUAGAGACUGCGAAAAAACAGGGCAUCUCAAAAAAGUUUGCAUUGCAACUUUAUUAGCGAACAAAAAUAGAUCAACGGCAGAUACGAAUUAUAUUCAAGAUCAACCAGAAGAUGAAUCAGAUAUGGAAGAAAUAUUUGGUGUCAACAAAAUUUUUGAUAUUUUUGAAAAUCGAACAAAUACUGAUUCGAAGAAAUUUUUUGCUACAGUCUUCAUCGAAGGAAAACAUCAGAAAUUUGAAGUAGAUUUAGGGGCAGGAUUUACUUUGUUACCAGAAUCAAGUUAA